AUGUCUCAAACACCUCGAAACAUGUCGUCUUCGUUUCGAACGACUCCAUCAGCCUCCCAUCGAAAAAUCGAAAACACUCCGAUUGAAUUCUAUCACACUCUCGACAUGGUCAACACUUUUUGCAUUCAAACCAUCAAUUUAUUAAAUAAUUUUUCACUUCAAUGUGAACGAAAACUCAAUCAAGCACAACACGAUCUGGUUCGAAUCGAAAUUACACUCUCCCUUCUCGAAAGUAAAUUAAAAUCCAUUGAUGGCAUGGAAGCUAAAAUGAAAGAAUUUGAAAAUAAUCCUUCGAACCUUCUUUCCACAACAACAACAACAACAACAAAUACAUCAACAGCAGCAGCAGGACCUGUCGAUACGUCAUCAUCAUCGUUUGGUGGAAAUGUUCCUCCUCCACCUCCUCCGACAACAACAACAACAACAGGAAAUAUUCCUCCUCCACCUCCAGGAUUUGGUUCUCCUCAAAACACACAAGGUUAUGUCCCACCUCCUCCUCCAAUGACCUCCAAUGGAACAGCAGUAGCUGCAGCUUCUUUGGUUCCUCCACUUCCUGUGACAGGUGUCAGCAAUCAUACAGAACAUUUACCUUCGUUGGCUCGUGAUGCCGUCGACCAGCAGGUUGAAAAUUCCUCCUCAAACAUUCCAACAUGCGAACAAGAUCCUCGUCUCGCUCGAUAUUUCCGAUUAUUGUAUAAAGUUGGAGUACCAAGAGUGCAAUUGGAAAGAGACAUGAUUCGUGAUGGUUUCGAUCCGAGUGUUUUGGAUACACCACAAGCACCCUCUCCGUUGGGACCUUACAAGGAAGAGAAUUCAGAAGAGGAAGAGGAAAUUGGAGGCGAUGCAGCUGCAGCAUCUAGUGAGGAGGAAGAGGAAUAA